CUGCAGUCUAGAGUUGCUGACUUGCCCCUCGGUUGUGCCAGCUACUGCAGUUAAAUUGACUGGCCAUCCCAUUUAUUUUGCUUCCAAGAUGUACAGAGGUUAUUUAAUCAUCUCCCGCCAGCCUUUCUUUCGGCCGCUGUCAGGCGUUUUUGUGCCACCUUAAUCCUCUCAUUCAGACGAGAACGCAGGCGUUCGACGUGAAACUAGCAACGAUCCGUCAAUAAAAUAGAUUAUUUCGAAUCGAUUCACUUCGUCAAAGUUAUGGCCCAGCAGAUGCAUUUCCCCCCUCCCCCGGGCAGCGCAGGUGCUUUCCCACCUCCACCACAGAACUUCAGCUAUCCUCCCCCGCCAACACAAUUUGUUCCGAACAAUGGAUACCCUGCGCUACCACCCUCUGUGAGCCCGCCCACAAUUGCGGACAUCAAUGCCGCAGCAUCACAGGCGAACAACGAGGUAUCUUCUAUUCUAUCUGCUUCUCCACCGCCGAAAACAUUGGAGCAGACGCCGGGUGGCGCGCCGCCGCUUGGUUCUUUCAUUGGAGCAACCAAUACAUAUGCGGACAAUGUUGGCCAAUUCAAUGGCGGAGCGUACAGAAUCAGCCAUCGGAAUACGAAUUCGCUUCUAACCGUUCAGUUGGCCAUGGGAUGCCCUUUGGUUGUUAAACCAGGUGCGAUGAUUGCAAUGUCUCCCACCAUCACGGUCCGGGGAACUUGGAAGUUUAAUGUCAAGAAAUUCGUCACCGGAGGGGAAAUGGCUAUAUCUACCUUCACUGGUCCUGGUGAACUGCUACUCGCCCCCGGGGUUCUCGGUGAUAUUACAGUACUGCGCCUGAAUGGACAAGAUUCAUGGAAAGUCGGCAAAGAUUCCUUCUUAGCUGCAACGAGUGGCAUCAAAAAGGAUUACAAAAGCCAGACUAUAUCCAAGGCAUUUUUCUCUGGUGAAGGCCUUUUCGUUUACGAAAUGUCUGGAGUUGGGCUUAUAUGGCUCCAAAGUUUUGGAGCGAUAAUCAAAAAAGAUCUUAUCGAGGGAGAGACUUACUACAUUGACAACGGCCACUUGGUGGCUUGGAACUGCGAAUAUAUCAUGGAACGCGUCGCCUCUGGAGGUAUUAUCUCCCAUUUCGGUUCCAAGGAAGGUCUUGCGUGCAAGUUCACCGGGCCUGGCACGGUAUACUUGCAAACACGCAACCUUAAUACUUUUGGACAUUACAUCGGAGCAAGCACUGCAAGUGGAUAGUGUAUCAUAUUGAGGUCCAAGCUUGUUCGUGUGGAAUGGUUUCGUUUUAG